UGAGCGCCGGCGCCACCGUCUUCUCGGCCCUCGAGAGCCCGUCGGAGGCGGCGGCGCAGCUCCGCUGGAACCGGACCCUCCACAACUUCAGCCGCAUCUUCAACAUCAGCCUGCCCGAGCUGCGCGCCUUCCUGCGGAGCUACGAGGCGGCCAUGGCCGCGGGCAUCCGCGUCGACGCCCUGCGGCCCCGCUGGGACUUCCCCGGCGCCUUCUACUUCGUGGGCACCGUCGUCUCCACCAUAGGUUUUGGGAUGACCACACCAGCAACCGUGGCCGGAAAAUUAUUCCUCAUCUUUUACGGCCUUUUUGGGUGUGCCGGCACUAUCCUCUUCUUCAACCUCUUCUUGGAGCGCAUCAUCUGCCUGCUGGCGUUUAUCAUGAGGGCGUGCUAUGAGAGACAGCUGAGAAGAAGUGGUCUCCUGCCUCCCAACGUGCGGAGGGGGCCAGCUGUGUCCGGGGUGGGUCGGCUCGUGGGCUGGAAGCCGUCCGUUUACCACGUGAUGCUGAUCCUGGGAAUUUUUGCUAUUACCCUUUCCUGCUGCGCCUCCGCCAUGUACACGGCAGUGGAAGGGUGGAACUACGUUGACUCCUUGUAUUACUGCUUUGUCACCUUCAGCACCAUCGGCUUUGGAGAUUUGGUAAGCAACCAAAAGGCUACGUACCAACAUCAGGGAUUAUACAGAUUCGGGAACUUCAUGUUUAUAUUACUGGGGGUAUGUUGCAUAUACUCCCUUUUUAAUGUCAUCUCAAUCGUAAUCAAACAAAUUUUGAACUGGGUGUUGAAAAAAUUCGAAUGCAGAUGUUGCCCAAAGUGCCAUAAAUCCAGUACCCGCCUCAGCCGUCGCAACGCCAUCACCCCGGGAGCCCGCCUGCGCCGCCACAACGUCACCGUGGACGCCGACGGACAGUACGACAGUGACACCGAGGGCAGGAGGCUCUCUGGAGAGAUGAUCUCCAUGAGGGAGCUCACAGCCUCCAACAAAGUCUCCCUGGCCAUUUUGCAGAAGCAGUUGUCCGAGACAGCCAACGGCUACCCCAGGAAUGUCUGUAUCAAUACAAGACAGAACGGCUUCUCUGCAGGGGUUGGGGCUCUGGCCAUCAUGAACAACCGUUUGGCAGAAACAAGUGAUUCUAGGUAGAGUUUUUGGAAUUCCUUACGUUUCUUAAAUGAAAAUAAAAUGGCGGUUAGGGUGGAAUUACCACUGUAAGCUACUGGAAAGUUUUACAUUUCAGAGACAGCCUUGGUAUUCGUUGGGUGUUCAGCGUUUUACUUUCUGGGGGUUUUAUAAGUUUUCUCUAAUAUGCAGUGAGAUCUUUACCAUUAUGUUACAAUUUUCCCCUAAGGGAGUUUUAAAUGAGACUUGGAUGUCUUUGAUGCAGAAUCUGGUGCAAUUUAUAGAGGGAUGAUGUGCAUAGUUAGGAUGGUGUCAAAACCAGCAUGUUCUUCUUCAGAAUAGAGCCUGAACCCAAACUCUGUGUUAGUUAAAGGCAGAAAGCAGGCAAGUUGGGCUCCAGAUUCAAACAUGGGGUUGGCAAGUUUUGGCUAACCAGUAUCUCACAGUUUGCUGAAGUCUGGAUCUGGUCCUGAGCCUUGUUACUCAAUGCUCUUCAGCAAUUCCUCGUAGCAGGUCUCAAUAUGACAUACACACAGGUGACUGUCAUCACACCAGCUUUGGGAUGAGUGUGCUUCCCUUCAAUAAUCCCACUGACUUCUGUGGCAGAGGAUGGAAUGGGCUGAACUCCCCUCCUACAAAUGAUGGGGUUUAGCCAUCUGAAAGACCACCUGCCACCUAACUCUUAAAAGUCAGGGGAUUAUCAAGGACCGUGUUCAAGUGUGCAAAACUGUUCUUACAUACUGAAUAACAGAAAGCAGGAAAUUGUCAUCUUCAGGAACUGACUUUAGUGCAAGAGAAGCUGGUGUGCACCUCUGGUGUCAAAUGUUUGCGUCACCUCGAAAAUGCUUACUUCAUUACUUUCUCCUUGAAAUAAGUCACUAAAAUGAAUGUAGGCUCUCUGUUGUCCUAAAUUUGCAUCUUUUACUUCUGCAGUAUUGUUGCAGACAUUAAUGCCAGUCAUUUUCCUGCAGUCCUUUGAGGGCCCCAACCCUGUACUUGUUUCCCACAAAUCUGACUGUGCAGGUUGUACAGAAGAGCAUUGCUUUGGAGUUCCCCCAGAAGCUUACUUCCCCCAAAAUGUUGAUACCAAGUUAUAAAUUGGCCUUUGGCUGUUGCUGCUACCAUCUUAAGUCGUAUUUAACCUGUGCUAGCCCAAACCAUUGAAGAGCCAAAAGCAAACCUGGUCUAGAGUGUGUAGUUUAGCCUGACAAGUGGAUGCAGAGGAUCUGCUGCAAACCUCUUCCAAAAAUACAUGCACAGCUCUGGAUCAUUUCUCUAAAUUCUCUCUACUACACUAUGAAGAUAAUAAAAAGGCUUCUGCUGAUUCAUAGCAAGAAACAAAACUUAAGCUUAUAAUCUGAGAAGCCUUCUCCUGGAAACUUACUGGAAAGAGUUGUAGGCAAGACCAUGAGUAGUAGGUUGGUCACUGAAUAAACUGAACAAGCUGACGAACAAAAACUAGGAAUAUUAGGAAUAU